AUGCCGACGUCGAUGUUUGCGCAUCUAUUCUCGAUGGCGAUAUUCUUGACUGCACUGUUCGUGAUAUCUCGCGCUGGGCAGAAUGUGCAGAACAGCUCUCUGCAGCUUAGACAGAAGCUCUGCGAACUCUGUGUCUACACUUUAGACAAUGAAGAGUGUUACAAGCUGGCAAAGGAUUUACUUCGUUGCGUGCGCACGCGCCCCGUCCGUAUCCACGUGUUUGGAACGCUUGACGUGGACAUGUCAAUGCUACCUUCGAUCGUGGCAUUCUUCACAACGUACACAGUAAUAGCGCUACAGUUUAAUAAUGUAUUGUCGGCCAACAAGCUGGCUUUUGGGAGCAUACCGGAUUUUUGCAAUUUCACACCAGCUUUCGCUAAGGCCAUCAUAUCACUCUGGUCGAGCUGGAUGCAAUGA